UGAUAUAGAUGCGAAGCAACUUUAACAUGUUUUAUGAAAUAAUUCAAAUGAAUUUGUUUAUCUCAUUUUUGUUUUAUCACUUGUUUUCAGUACUCAUUUAGCUUUACGUAUUUUUUCACACAUUAUUUUAAUCCUUCGACAAAAUAUCCCUAAAUUCUGGUGUAAACAAUAACGUCAAAAAAUCAAUACGAAAUGACUAAUUUAGUUACUCAGAUUUCUUAAGCAACGUUGGAAUGUGCAUAUCAUGCGGUUAUAUGAUUUAUGAUUCAUUGACAAUGAUCAUGUACUUAAAAGGUGCUUCAUUAUGGACUUACAUAAUCCAUCAUUCGAUUGUUAUCUGGGGAAGUUCAGCAUUUUUAUCUAAUGAAAUUGGAAAAUACUAUGCAUAUUUGAAGUAUCUGACAGAACUUUCUACUCCCUUCAUUAAUCUCAGGUGGUUUCUGCGUACAUGUGGAUAUUCUUCAGAUCACAAAUACGUUGCCAUAACAACCUCUUUAUUUGCCGUCACAUUUAUUCUAACAAGAAAUAUUUGUGCUGUUCCAUUUUGGUAUUUGGUAUCCUACAAUAUACAUCAUCAUACCAGUGAAGCACAACGGAUAUUUCUUAUAGAUGCCUUCAAAAUUUAUUUUAUUUUGGGUAUCAUACUUGACAUACUGAAUCUAUUCUGGGGUGCAAUUAUAUGUUCAAUGUUAUGGCAAUCAAUCAAAGUUUUGAAAAAUUCACAGUGUGCAGAAUCAGAAUGACUGUCAUGUUAAAUGAUUUGAAUUCCAUGGCUGCUGUUCUUAUUACUAAUAAAUGACCUUAGUUUUUACUAUAAUUCAAAAAC